GAAAGAGUCAUCAAGAGCAGCUGGUUUCGGUCAUCUCGCUGUUGACUGGUCCCUAGCUGUUGGUAGUAAGUCCGGUUAUAAAUUUUUCUCCCUUUCUUCUGUGGAUAAGCUGGAACAGAUCUAUGAAUGCACUGAUACUGAAGAUGUGUGCAUUGUAGAAAGAUUGUUCUCAAGCAGCUUAGUGGCCAUCGUUAGCCUCAAAGCUCCUAGGAAGCUAAAGGUUUGCCACUUUAAGAAAGGAACUGAGAUUUGCAACUACAGCUACUCUAAUACGAUAUUGGCUGUGAAGCUGAACAGACAGAGGCUAAUAGUAUGCCUGGAAGAGUCUCUGUAUAUACACAACAUUCGGGAUAUGAAGGUACUGCAUACAAUCAGGGAGACCCCCCCAAACCCUGCAGGUUUGUGUGCAUUGUCCAUAAACAAUGACAACUGUUACUUGGCGUAUCCAGGGAGUGCAACCAUCGGAGAGGUGCAGGUCUUUGAUACCAUUAAUUUGAGAGCUGCAAACAUGAUCCCGGCUCAUGACAGUCCUUUAGCAGCAUUGGCUUUUGAUGCAAGUGGAACCAAACUUGCCACUGCUUCCGAGAAGGGUACUGUAAUUAGGGUAUUUUCCAUUCCAGAGGGACAAAAACUCUUUGAGUUCCGGAGAGGAGUUAAGAGGUGUGUGAGCAUCUGCUCGCUGGCCUUCAGCAUGGACGGCAUGUUCCUCUCUGCGUCCAGCAACACCGAGACCGUGCACAUCUUCAAACUCGAGACUGUGAAAGAAAAGCCACCAGAGGAACCCACCACCUGGACUGGGUACUUUGGGAAAGUGCUCAUGGCUUCCACCAGCUACUUGCCUUCUCAAGUGACAGAAAUGUUCAACCAGGGCAGAGCCUUUGCCACAGUCCGCCUACCAUUCUGUGGCCACAAAAACAUCUGUUCACUGGCCACGAUUCAGAAGAUUCCCCGGUUGCUGGUGGGAGCCUCUGACGGCUACUUGUACAUGUACAACCUGGACCCCCAGGAGGGCGGCGAGUGUGCGCUCAUGAAACAGCACAGGUUGGAUGGCAGUAUGGAGACAGCCAGUGAAAUCUUAGACUCUGCCUCUCACGACUGCCCCUUAGUAACUCAGACAUACAGCACAGCUGUAGCAAAAGGUACUUAUGUGCCUUCAUCUCCGACAAGACUUGCCUACACAGACGACCUGGGUGCUGUGGGCGGUGCUUGUCUGGAGGACGAGACCAGCGCCCUGCGCUUGGAUGAAGACAGCGAGCAUCCUCCCAUGAUUCUUCGGACUGACUGAACUUGACCUGUGAACUCUGACCCUGGAAGCAGAGAAUACUGGAUUGACAGAGGACUUUGUGCAUUGCUGCUAUGAACUUUGACCUGAAUUGGGAGAGAGGAUGGCAGAGACUUUAAUAAAAGAUUGUAGUGGUAGUCUAACUUCCUCCUGUUGAGAAAAUACAUUGUUUUCACUUCAGUGGCUUUUCAUCCUGCUUAUGAAUUUUAGCUUUUUGUUCGUUUUCUCUUUUUGCCAAAAUUAACUGUUUGGUGAAGCCCUCGAAUCCUCCUUGCUUUGCAUGCAUGAAUGUGCCAAGCCAGUGUAGGAGAGCUAGAAACCACUUUCUAACAAACUACAGUUGUGUGGUUUUUAAUGUCUGUACAUAAUGAUAAGCGUGCGUAAGGAAACGUGGCAUCGUGCAGAGUGUUCUGGUUGUCAAAGCUGGUUCUCCGGUGACAGGUCCAAGGGCUGCCCCAGGGCUCACCGGUGGGCUGGGCAAAUGACAGCCUCCAACAGGAGUCCUUUUCCCCAGAGCCCCACCUGCACCAUUUCCCCUCGUUUUAUGUUAUUAAUUAAAUUCUCUCCAAAUUGGAUUAUUCUGGGAUUUCUUUCUUGGUGGUCUUUUAUUUCUGAUCUUGUUUUCCAUGUGGAUAUUGGAAGAGAGAUAGUUUCUUUCUGAUAUUAAAAACCUUUUUGCUGACAGCAAGUGAACUUGAAAGAUUGCUUGGUCUACCUGGAGCAAAGGAAAGUGAUUUUGUUUGUAUGAUUAAAUUAUCUGUUCUUCUACUUUACUCUUCUUGUUGAAUAACUGUGUGGUUUUUUUUUUUUUUAAAGGAAAAUUUGUAGUUACUCCUAUGCCCAAGAAAGCAUAGAGGUAAUUUGUGAUGGAGAUUUGAGUUGUCCUGUUACCCUGAGCUCCACUGUCUGUCAGGGGCUCUUUUUACCUGUGGCGGAAAUAGUAGCAAUAGAAACACGAGAGAGGAGUUGGCUGUGGACGCCUACUUUACCAGGGUGAUAUGUGCCUUUUCUAUUUUAAUCCUAUACAAUUUGUUCAGCAAAGCGAUGAGAGAUUAUGGUUGCGGGUUUCAGUAUUUGCCUAGCUUCCUUUUUUGUUUUUACAGAAUUGAAACAACCUCAAAUACCUCAAACUCUGCAUUCCAACCCAAGACACAGCAGUUAAAGUUUUGAGGGCAUUUAAGUGGAGUUAAUGGCAUGAAAGAUCAUUUUAGAUUGUCUGGAGUGGUGAAAAUUUAAGGACAGAAAUAAAAAAGCAAAAAUGUUGCAUUUGCCCGGCCUUUUCAGUUUUUCAUAUUUUUAAAUAGCAGGAGGAUCAGAGACGUUUGUUUUCGGUCAUUGUGUCUUGAUCAUACUCGUUGAAUAGCUUCUGGCGGGGAGUUGUCAGUUUAACUGAGCAGCCAAAGUUGAAUGCUCCUGAUGCUUCUGGAGCUUUUGACCAAGUGAGGCUUUAAGGCGAAAUCCUGAUGCCUAGAGUCAGUUCUGACUGGGGCAGAAAUCUCUAGAAGAGCCUGGUCAUGGCAGCAACAGGAAGUUUUAUCAGGCUGAUGUGAAUGGUGGGAGUGUUUUUUAAAAUCUUAUGUGUGUCUAUCCUGGGUCCUUGUCAGAAUGGGACCCCCGUCAUGUAGUCUGAUACAGUGAGCAUGUGCCGAGGCCGGGCCCAGGCUGUUUCUUUACCAGAAGGACGAGAGGCACCAGAGCAGGACACGGUCGUCACCUGCACCGGGUUCUUCUGUAGGGCCUGGAGAGUUCUCUCGCUGUCUCUCUAGAACACAGUGUUGGACCCCACCUCUUAGGAGGCACGUUUGGCCCAAGCGAGUGUUCAUGGGGAAAAAUUGUCCCAAGUGUACAGGAUAGGUUUGGAACCUUGAGCUAGGGUUUCCUGGUAACCAAAGAGAGAACUGCAUUUCAAGUUCUGAGUUAGAAUAUUACUAAUUUUAGUGCCUGCUUGUUGACUUUUAUUACCUUUGUGGCAAUUUGGGGGCUCGAGUCUUCUUUGCCCGGUUCUUUCAUCUUUCCUUGGGAUUGGUAGUGUUAGGAGAUGUUGGGAACUCACUUCCCUCUUUCAGCCACAGUUUCCUCCACUUUAAGAUGAAGCAGUUAGGAAAGGUAGCUUCUGGUGUCCUGUGGCUCCCUGCCAUCCCCCGUGGGUUGCCCUGGCAGACCACGCAAAGCCCUUUACUUGCCAGUGUCAGAUCUAACCUGUGCACCCCAGAGAGAGGGGACUAAGGAUUCUUGAUUGAGAAAAACGGAAAGAGUUUGUGUGUUUGCUGACUAACUGCGUGAGGAUUAUUCACCCUCCGCUUUUCCUUUACCUGUUUUAUUGCCACGAGCACCUGUUCCUCUGUGCUUGAACCCCAAGCAUCACCAGCAGGCCUCAGGCAUGUGCAAGGGACAAGGGGAAAGAGGAGAGAAGCAGAAGCUGCCAGGCGGUCAUUAGUAGAACUCUCACUACCAUGCCAGAAACCUAGAGGAGUGGGGAGUCUAAACCAGAUGACACGUGUGCUAAUUCUAACCUCCACACCAAGAUUAACUUUUUUAUGAUAUCAUAUUUUUCCAAACGUCCAAAAAGAUUAUGGGGUGGGAGUAAGGAAACAAAACGCAGACACUUAUUUAAUGGAUUCGUGUGGAUUGGGACCAAACCUUUUGUAUUUUCUUAAGCGACGGAACCAAGAGUUGGAUUGAGUUUGGAGUCAAAAAGAACUGAGUUCAGUCCCUGAUUGCACCUAACUAGCAGUGUGAGCAUGGCAGGUCACCUGGGAGCCUCGGUCUUCUGAACUGUACAGUAGGAAUAAUCCCUACCUCACAGGGUUGUUGUGAGGUGCAAUGUGACCAUCUGUCCUGCAAGCGCCCAGCUCGGUACCUGGCCAGCAGUGGGCAUCAAAUAAACGCUAAAACAGAAACUGA